CUGGGUGAUUUGGCCGUCAACGCGGCCCAGGGCACACCGGCCAUAAUUUGGUGCGAGCAAUGCGGCAUCUUCUACUGUGAGGAGUGUCGGGACAGGUGUCAUCCCCAGAAGGGUCCCCUGCUGAAACACACCCUGCACUCAGCUCAACGAGGCGCUGAAAUUGUGCGCCAGAAGCGUCAAAACAAGCUCCCCGCCUGUCCUGCUCAUCCGCACGAAGCGGCUUCACAGUUCUGUCUGGCUUGCCGUGUCGCCCUCUGCAAUGAAUGUAUCAUUAACGAUCCCGCCCAACUCACGUGUGUACGUAGCCCCAACAAGUAUGGACAACAUGUAAAACAGGAGCUGCAACCCCUACAGACUUUCUGCAAAAAUAAGAAGGGCUCGAUGUCCAUCCGGUCGGAUGCCGGCCCGGUCGUGCUCUCGAAAUGCGUCACUGGUUUGUACCGUGCCGCCUGCUCAGAGGGCAUCAUACCCCGCCCCCUUCAGCGUGGCAGACGUGUUCGAAGCGGCUUCAUUUGCGUCUGCCGAGACCUCCACAUCGAGCGAGGUCACUUGAAGGCGGAAGAAGAGGGAGUCAUCAUCAGUUAG